UUUUCCUCCGGCUUGUUUGAUAUAUUUUGACAAAUUAAAAAAAAAAACAUUUAUGUUAUCUAAACAUGUCAGAACCAGUAGAAUUACUAUUUUUUGAUACAUUUUCACAUGAAAAUAGUGAGGAACUUAACUUGGAUUUGGUACAAUUUCCAAAACCAGUAUUUAUAUCUGAAGUUCGUGUUAUUCCUCUUGGAGCUAGAGUUCAAGCUGAUUUUCCCGGUGGAGUGCGUUUAGGUGCUACAAAUCCCAGUCAAUUUUCAAUAGAAUUUUUUGUAAAUGAUUUAGGAAAACCUGGAGCAAGUACUUUUGAAAGUUUGGGAGGUUUCGAAUACAAUCAAAAUGGGUGUAUUCAUUUAGAAUGUGGAAUAUCUGAGACAGUAAAACGACAAAUACCAACAGAUGGUUUAGUAUUGAGAGGAUGGUAUACAACAAUUACUUUAGCAGUAUAUGGAACUUUAACUCGAGUAAUUACAGAACAAAUAUCUGUAUCUGCUCCCCCACCAGUAAUUCCUGCACAGCCUGUUUCAAUACCCACAGAAGUUCAACCACAAAUUUUAACGCCUACGCCUGCCUCAGACCAAACUUGGGCUCAAUCAACAGACGUUAAUAUAUCGAACUCAUCAAUAGAAUAUAAUCAACCAGUACCUGUUUACGGUCCACCUCAAAACUACCAACCAACAGAAGUAUAUAAUCAAGAAUAUCCUGAAUACUAUAAUAAUGAACCACCUAAAGAUCCUCGAGCUUACCAUCAUUCCGAACCGGAAUGGGAUUCAAAUAAUAAACCACGUACAAGCAAUAGCGAAAGCAGGCCAUUAGAACCCCAUUCAAGGCGUGAUCGAAUAUAUUCAAGGUCUCAUAGUCGCGAUAGAGAUUAUCGUGAAAAUAGCCGAGACAGUAGUGAUUAUGAAUCUCGUGUACGUGACCGUUCUGGAAGUAUCGAGUAUCGUGACAAAGAUUGGGAUAGAUAUAAACAUCAAGAUGUUUAUAAACGAGGUCGUGAUCGUUCUUAUGAACGAGAUGAGCCGCGUAAACGUCCUCGCACACCACCUAUUAGUAGUACCAAACGACCACAUACACCUCAUGGUGAUGUCAAAGAUUUAUCACCAGGAGAUGUUGAAUCGAUAUCCGAAGAAGAAAUUGGAGGUGGACCUGAAAUUGAACCUGUUAAAUUUAAGCAUAAUGAACCAAUCAAAGAAUUGGAUGAUUCUCCUAUGAAUAAAAUUCUUCCCCAGAAUGAAGAUUCUAAACUGACACCAUUACAAUCACCAACUGCUCAUAAUGAAGACACUACUUUGUUGGACGUUGAAGAAUUUGAACCAAUCUUAAGUGAUGAAGAUAUCUGUGACGAAGGCGAACAAUUUCAAGAUCUGGAUUAUGAUUACAGUGAAUAUGUGAAUAACGACGACCUCAUUAAAUUAUUUAACCCAUUCAAUGCCGACAUACAACAUUACUCUAAACCGUCAUUGUUAACAGAGAUUAACGAUUUUUUUAUAUUGAAACCAGAAGACGAUGAUUUAGUUUUACGUAUGGAAAAAAAUAUUCUCGAUAAAUUCAAUGCAUUCUUCCACGAAAAAGGUGAAUUAUUUAAUAAAUUGAAUGAUUUACUUCUCGAUUUAAACGUUAAUAUGUUUCAACAUUUUAACUCCGAACAUUCCGGUGAAAUCAAAGAAGAAUGGGUUCAAACAUGUGAUCAAAUUCCAUCAUUACUUGAAAAUAAUGAAUUUUUUGAAUUUAUCGUUGAAUUAUAUUUAUAUUUACAUAAACGAAAUUCAAAAGAUGGUGAAUUUAUUGAAAAAAAUCCGAAAUACAUUCAAGGCAAAUCUGUGUUAAUGACAUUAUUAGAUUGGGUAAAAAUUGGUUUAAAUUUUGAUUUUUCACUUUCACAAAUUCAACCUGGAUUUAAAAUACGGCAUAUUAAAUGUGGUAUUCGUUUAGUUGAAGCUAUUUCACAAUGUAAUGGAGCCGAAUUGCUCUUGACAAAUGAUUUUGAUGUACAAAUGAAACUAAUUGAACUUUAUCAUAAAGAAUAUAUGGCUCUUUCGAUCAAGUUAAUGAUAUUAAAAGCUUUAGAUUCCACACUAUGGUCGAAACAUGGUAUUGAAUAUUUCAUAACGACGGAACGAAAUUUUAAUGAUAAACGUUUAAAUGGUUAUCAAAUACUUUUAGAAAUGUUAAACAGUAACCCAUUAGUACGAAUUAAAUUUGCGUUAAAUUCGAUUUUAUAUAAAUUAAACACCUACGAAGUAUUGAAAAAUGUACAAGAUUUAGUUUCACAAUGGCUAACACAGAAAUAUUUAGAAAAUGAGUACUGUUGUAAUACAAUUCCGGAAAAAGAAAUGGACGAUUUAUCUUUUAUGUUUAAUAAUAUUUCGAAAACGUAUCGAUAUGACUCGUUUUCAAUGUCACAACCGAAACGAUUUCUUCCAGUUUCAGCACAAUUUGAAGUGAAUAAGAAUCCACAUCAAAAAAAUAUUUGUUAUGUUUUAUUUGGAAUUACAAACUUUUUAGAGAAUUGUUUAAUUUUAUUAACGCAUCGGACAUGUAACAAUAUGGUAAUGGUUACUAAUAGUAUGUUAGAAAUUUUAUGUGAAAUGUUGAGUAACCAACAAGGCUUAAAAUAUUUAAGUGAAAAUUGUGAAACUACAAAUAUGAUAAUCCGAUCACUGUUACUAUCCUCAAAUAACGAAGAUGAUGCCCAAUAUUCAAGGGCUCAAUUAAUUGGCUUAGAAUUGGCAUAUAAACUGCAAGCUUUAUAUCAUGUAGAUUCGUUAUUUGAUUUGUCUAAGAAAUAUGCUUAUGAUUUUGAUGCCACCGAAAUAUUGGAUCAAUUACACUUAUUUUAUUGUUUAACAUUCUCAAAUAUUGGAAAAACUGCUGUAGCGGAUGUUUUAAGUCUUGCGAAUAACUUGAAUUGUUUGUAUCAAUUUUUUAAUGUUAAUAUAUUUGAUUCGAAACAAGAAAAAGAUGAAAUUGCACUGAUUAAGUUAAAAAAAUCACCUGGAAUGGGAUAUAUAGUCGAUUUAAUCGGUGUUACUUUAAAUUUUGCAACGAAUGUUUCAUAUUUAGAAACAUUCGGAACACGAUUGUUAAAAGUAUCUAACAAUUUUGAAUUUUUCGAACCAUCUACUUGUAAUAAACUUCAAGAGAUUCGAACAUAUUUAAAACCAUUUGAAGUGAAAAAUAUAUUUUCAUAUGAAGAUAUUACACCGUUAUGUGAUAUUAUUUCAAAUUCAAUACCAAAUGUUAUUAAAAUUCCUGAAGAAUUAAUAACAUGUUUAAGAAUUUUAGUACAUUUAGGAAUAUCGUCAUGUAAAGAAGAAUCCGAAACCGAUUAUACAGAGUUAAAAUAUAAAUAUGUAAUUUUACAAUUGUAUUCGUUAGAUGGUGUAACAAAUUUGUCUACUAUUUUACAAAAAGUGUGUGAAUAUUUUGAGCAACCGAAUGUACAUACAGCUCAAUUAGCUGCUACGCAAGGAGCAAUUAUCGUAAAUAUUGUACAUCCUUGUGUUUUGUUAAUUAAAAAAAUGAUCACAAAUGUAAUCGCUGUACGAAAUACUCAAUUCAAGGACUUAACAACGAUACCAAUUUUAUUACAAACAUACACUUUGAUGAAUGCUUUUCCAACGACGUCAAUUUUGUACCAAAAAGCAUGUUCUAUUUGUCAAGAGAUUAUUGAAACAUUUUUGGCAUAUACACAACCCGUCUCAGAAGAAAUCAAUGAAAAUGAAUCGUUGAACAAAAGCUUAUGGACAUUAAUGAUUAAUGAAAUUUUAAAAUACACAACAUCAGUUCCGUUUACUUUUAUCCCAGGAUUACUUGUAUUUUCUGAAUUGUUGCCCUUACCAUUUCCUAUUCUGACAAAAACAGCACUAACCGAACAUGAAAUAACUCGUGCCGUAAACCUACGAAAAUUAUGGUCAGCACAUUUACAUUCACGUAGUGCAAAUAUCCAAGAAGUAAUCAACACACUGAUGGCGUCCAGUUAUCAACCACUAUUGCAUUUAUUGAGACGUGUUUGCAUUCAAUUAUCAGAUUUAGCGGCAAAUACUGCAUUGAUGAUAUGCCGGGGAAUUCUUGAAAAUAUUUAUAAUACAAUUAGUCCAAAAUUAGAGAAAACACCCAUGGAACCGUUAAAUGGGCAUGCAGCUCGAUUAUUAAAUUUUUUAGCUAGUUUAUUAACCCACGGAGCUAUAAAAUGUGCAGUGAUGUAUUUAUUAAAAACUAAUCAUAGUACAGUGGUUAAAGGUGAUGAAAAGUUUCCGUUAUUAAUUGGUUUAUUUUGUGAGAUUUUACGAACACAAUCUGAGUCUCAAGCUCAUGUACAAGCUCAAGAAUGUGUGGUCAGUAUUAUUCAAAGUUUAUGUGAUAGUGAGAUUACGUUAUACCAUAAUAUUGAAUAUAAAACGGAUAUUUCAUCGGAUGUAUAUUUAUCGAAUGCUCUUCCACCUCGUGAUAUACUCCAAACAUUUAUUAUAACGAUGUUGGAACAUAUAAUGGCUCCGGAAAGUAGUUACACUACGAUAUUACCUAUUGUACGAACAUUUGUGUUACUUACGGAACACGAUUAUGGAUUUUAUCACUUACAAAUGUGUAUUGAAAAAAAAUCGAAACCGUUUUAUAAUGUGUUUACAAAAUUUACGAAAAAUUUUUCAAAAGAUAAUGCAGACUGUUUAGCAACACUGAGUGCAAUGUUAGAAUUUUUAAGAAUAUGUUUGUCUACUGAUUAUAUGGAAGUGGAACCUGGUGUUAUGUUUACUCCAAGGUCUACUACAAUGCCUCCGUCAAUAAUAUCUGCAAGUUUAGAUUGGAAUACAAUUAAAACAGAGAGUUCAGAAACAAAUGAGGCAAUUAAACAUCCGAUAACUAUAAUGGAAAAUUUAUUGCAGGAAAACAUAUCCGAAGAGGAAGGGCUGGAACCACUUUCAGAUAAUCUAGCAGGAUUGUUAAAAGCAUUAAAUGUAACACCCAUUGAAAAAAUGGAACCUCCUGUUGAACCUUUAUUACCUCCAUCCGAAUCACUCUUGGUUCAAUUUAACGGUCGUUCCAUUUUCACUAUAACAAACGAAGUAACCGACGAAAGAAUGUCUACCGCCUAUUGGCUAUCAGCACCUACUGAUGAAAAUGAUGCUGAUCAAGAACAAGUGCCAUGUGAUUUAUCAGAAAUGAGUCGACAGUUAUUACCACCAGAAAUUAAUUUAUGUAGGGAAACAGAACGUAUUUGUCAAGUAUCUCCUUGUCCGGAACAAAUUACGAAUGAUCAACUGAAAAUCAAGCGAAAUGUACUUGAUCAACAUCGGUAUAUGACAACUACUGACAAAAUGAAACGACCUUUUGUGACACCAAUGAGAGGAAGAGGAUUUUUACGAACACCACCACAACGAGGAGAUCCAUUCAGAUCACGACCCCCAAACACAUCCCGACCUCCAUCGUUGCAUGUGGAUGAUUUUGUUGCUCUUGAAACAUGCGGAGCCCAACCAACAGGUCCCACUGGUUAUAAUAAACUCAGUAGAGAAAUAAUGAGUGUUCGAGGUACAACUCGUGGCCGUGGUCGAGCUUUUGUAUCACCUGACCGAGGAUCUCAUUUUAGACAAGUUGGUCGUGGAACUUCAUUAUGGCCAGGCGCACAUUUGACAGAAAAUUCAGUUGUGACAACAGUAUCACAACAUUUUCGAGUUGCAACUGAAACAGCUACUCACUUUUCAACUGUUCGAACAAUUCGAGGUCGUGGUAUACCUCGAAUACGUGAAGCGAUCCCAGUUGUACGCCAUGUAAGAACAUUUCCUCGAUAAAAUGACUUUUGAAAUAUUUUUUAUUCAUUGUACUUUAU